GAAGUGCUGAAGUGGCAGCCAUCUGGCAAACCUCGGUGGUUUCAUUAUUAAUAAAUGUCUAAAUUACUAUAAUUGUUGUGCAUUUGAAGUAGUAUCUGGUUGAACUAUCUCAGUUGUCACGCUGACAAAAGUAUGGUGCUUUAAAUAUAUCAUUAAUCAUGACUGAACGCGGAAAUGAAAUGCUGCAAAGGGCGACCAGGGAAAAACUGGAAAAGUUCAACAAAAUAAGGGGUAAAGAGGUGAAUCCUGGAGAAUUCUGGGACCUUGUUGUUCUCACAGCUGUGGAUGAAGAUCAGAGAGUUUCUUAUGAACUUCAGAUCAAAGACAAACUUGGCAGAAAAGAACUACCUCUUGGUGUUCCCUAUCACGUGUUUGCAGAUCCACCUGGCUGUAAAAUCGGAAAUGGAGGUUCAACUCUUUAUUCACUUCAGCACCUUGAGAAAAUGUAUGGCAAGGCCUUAUUUUCAUCCAGAGUGAUCCUGAUCCAUGCAGGUGGAUUCAGCCAACGUCUGCCCAGUGCCAGCGCUUUGGGAAAGAUCUUCACUGCCCUUCCAUGUGGAGAACCUCUGUAUCAGAUGCUGGAGCUCAAGCUGGCUCUGUAUGUCGACUUCCCUGUCCACAUGAAGCCAGGUUUGCUGGUGACGUGUGCAGACGACAUUGAACUCUACAGCAUCCCAGAAGGGCAGAGCAUCAAGUUCAACAGAUCCGGUUUCAUGGCUUUGGCCCACCCUUCUUCGCUGACCAUCGGUACAGGGCAUGGGGUGUUUGUGUUGGAUUCUGGGGAAAACUCUGGAAUCUCUGAGAUGGUAUAUACGUCCUGCCAGCAGUUUUUGCACAAGCCAAGUGUUGAUAAAAUGCAUAAAACAGGUGCAGUUCGCAGUAGACAGGACAACUGUGAGUCUGUAAGCGAUGCAGAAUUUGUGUACACAGACAGCACGUACUAUAUGGACUACUCUACUUCAAUGACUCUGCUGAACGUGCUCAAAGAAGUUGAGCCAUUAACCUGUGAGGUGGAUGCAUAUGGGGACUUUCUCCAGGCUCUGGGGCCGGGAGCCACUGUAGCAUACACUAACAACAGCGCCAACGUCACCACGAAGGAGAGCAGCCUGGUGGACAUCCGGCAGAAAAUAUUUAAUCGCCUGAAAGGCACCCCUCUUAAUGUCAUCCUGCUCAACAACUCAAAGUUUUACCACAUCGGUACCACCGAGGAGUACCUCUUUCACCUGACUGAGGAUCCUUCUCUCAGAGAGGAACUAGGCCUUCUGCCCAUUGCCUUUAGCGUCUGUGACUGCAAAGACCCGGGGUCCCCCGUGGCUUGUGUUAUGCACAGUGUUUUGCAUCCCAGUGCGGUCGUGUCCCCAGGGUCAGUAGUGGAGUUCUCCAGGCUCGGCGCAGAUGUUACAGUAGGUGAAAAGUCGAUCGUUAGCGGGUGCUGGGUUGACGCAGGACUGUCAGUUCCCUGCCAAACCUUUAUGCACUCACUAUCCGUCGACCUAAAUGGGAGCGUCGGGUUUGUGACGGUCGCUUUCAGCAUAAAGGACAACCUCAAGCUCAGUGUAGCCAGUCCUGCUGAAGCGAGUUCCCUGAAGUACUUUGGAGCAAGCCUAGUGGAGUGUGCAGAGCGCUGGGGCCUGUCUCUGGAGAGCCUGCGUUUCUCUGGAGACAAAUCUGCAUGCAGCCUGUGGAUCGCCUGCAUCUUCCCAGUCUGCCCUGACCUGAGGAGUUCAGUCUCCACGAGCCUGCAGAUGGUCCUGGCUCUGCGGGGAAACUCCACAGUCCCGACGCUCAAGGACCUCAGGCUUGUCUCACUGCAGGAGGCCCUGCAGAACAAAAACCUGGAGGAGAUGCUGAGGUUCAGAAGGGGCCUCUAUGAGGACAUUACGAAAGAGAAGUAAAAUAGAAACAUUCGAUCGUGUACGUUGGCCAAAUAAUGAUGUUAUGUAAUAGUGUGUGCAUAAGAAAUUUCAGAAAAAAAUGGGAUAAGGUUUCAUUAAUCACAGCCAAUAUUUUUGCAAGGCUAGAGAGCUCAGAGUUUUUUCCAUUUUAAAUGUCAUUCUUUUAGUAGAUGCUUUUAUCCAGAGGGAAUCAGUUUGUGUGUCCUUAGGUUUUGUACUGGGCUGGUAUACUGUAUAAAAAAGAACAUGUAUAUUUAAUGUAAUUGAAAUCAGGUUUAAUAUAAUACAAUUUGUUUGGUUUAAAUCUUGACGAAUGAUCAUGGAAGUAUUUGAUUAUUGAAGAAGAGCAAAUUAAUGAUGAGUUAUUUAUUGAAUUAAACAACUUUCUUAAACGAAA